ACUUUACAUUACAAAUAACCUCAAAACUCCACUACCCCUUCAUUUUCACAGCAAAAGCCCUAGCAUUUCCUCUUGUUUGUUCAUCUGUGGACACAGAGUAUCAAAUGGCAGGAGUGUAUUCAGAUUCUGAUGAUGAAUAUUAUGUUCUUGAUGAUUAUGAGACCGCUUACCCUGAGUCCAUGACGGGAAACGAAGACUGUUCAGAUAAUGAAGAUUAUGCUCUUGGUGACUAUGGUACCACUGACUCAGAGACCAACUCGAAAAGUGAAGGAUAUUCAGGUGAACAGCACCGUGCUCUUGGUACCUAUGGUACCACUUACUCAAAGCCCUUGACUCAAAGCGAUGGAAAGGGGGUGAAUGUGUAUCAACAGACAUACCGUGCUAAGAAUGAGGACAAACAGACCGGGAGCUAUGAGCGAUUCACUGCUAAAGACAAGACGGUGGCAGGUGAACCCUUUGUGGAUAGGUCUGGGAAUCGCGGUUACAAGGAUGAGCACACCACAUCUGCUACUUACAAAGUUGGUGACAAAAGUGGCUAUACUGAGCACUACCGCGAGGACAGGGUGAAGCAUGUCCACUUUGACAAAAGCAGCAGCAGCAGCAACAAAGCUGUUGCGUCCUACCCAAAAUACAAAAAGUAUUAGGUUUUACCAAUCAUCCUCCAUUGGCUUGCAGCCUGGGGGCUAUCUAUGUUUUCAUCUUGAAUUUCACUACUUGGAACAACUUAUCUAGCUUCUAUCCGUACUUCUGUUGGUUAAUAUUGUGUGUUGCAGAUUUAGUUUGGGAUAUUACUAAGGUUUGGUUUAAAAACUGGCUUCGAAAUCAUUUGUUUCCUUAGUUUCUCCA